CUUUGAAUAUCAAUUAAAGGGCUCCUGGGCAUGGCGUCCUCCUCUCGACUUAUUUCCCUGUCAGAGCGACGGAGGAAGCGUUCCUGCAAGCGUAUAUGAAUAUCACAAUGCUCCUUGUAAAGCCAUAAAUACCACAAAGUGCACCAAGAGAUACCAGUCUAAGACGUGUGACAGAAGAGGAAGGAUGGCAGGCGAAGACACAUCCUCCUCAUGUUCCACACCUUCAGAGGCCCAUGAAGCCACUGAACAGUUGGGAUGUGUCACUGUCGAACGCCAUGUUCCUCGAGUUAAUUGUCCAGAACAUAUUAUUCUUGUCAUAGACGUGUGCAAAGAAGAGGGAAAUACACCCUACAAGCUUGCAGAUGGUACAAAAUAUUCACCAAUGUAUAUGAUGAAACGUGCUCUUACUCUCUUCUUGCAAAAUAAGCAUGCCAUUGAUUCAAGGCACAAGUUUGCUCUGAUGCUGCUUCAUGAGUCACCAGUUUGGCUCCAUGACUUCACAAGUAACCCAAAAGACAUAAUCGCCGAGCUGGAUGAGUUGGAAGAAGCCGUUACUUCCGGAUCCCACUUUGACCUGAGCCAUCUCUUUAGCCUCAUUGCAAAUCAGGUGUCGGUACCUCAUUGCUCUAACCCAACUGUGGCUCCUCCACCCUAUGUCAUCAGAACAAUUAUGCUCUAUGGAAGGUCACAGUGUUUACCGCAGUUCCUUUCGGGUAAAACAAGCUUCACCAACCUGAAUCAGAGCCCACAUUACUUCCUUGAUAUUUUGUAUAUGCAUGAGACACCAAGUGAUGACAAUAAGUGUGAGGGGAUCUUCGACUUAUUGUGCGGACUAGAUGAGAGCGGCUGGAGCUACGUCUUGGAGGUAUCUCGCAAUGCCACCAAGCUGCACAAUCACUGUGGCUCCCUCCUUGCUCACCCUCUGCAACGACCCACACAGAAGGAUGUGCAUUAUACACUUGUGGCAUCAGAGUAGUAUGUUAGGGUUUUCUAGUCAUUGGUCAUUAUUAUUGUUAUGAUUUUUAAUAUUAUUGUAUUUUAUAUCAUAAUUAUUAAGUUUGUGUUCAUGCAUUUAUGGUAUGAUUAUUUGUUUAUAUGUUUUUGGAAUGUAUUCAUUGAUUGAUUGAUCUUUAAAAAAGUGAUUUACAGUAUAUACACUUUUUUGAUUUUGUAUGAUAGAAACAGAGACAGGAAAGCAGAAAAAGAUAGAUGAAGAUGGAUUAGCAUAUAUAGACAAGCAAAACAAAGGAAUGAUUGCAGACAAGCAGUCAGAUAGAGAUAGACAAUGGUUGGACAGACAGACAGACAGAAGAAAACUUGUUUUACAAAUAAGUGUCAUAUUUGGAAGCUACCUACUAGUAGUAAAAGUUGCCAUGAAAAUAUACCAAUGUGUAUGAAAUAUGUAUGAAAUUUGCACUUUUUGAUAAGUAAAGGACAAAAUAUCA